AUGCGGCUGGGUGCACUUGGUGUGUGGAACACAAUACACCCUUGGCUAGGUGGUAUUGGUAUAUCGUCAUGUAUUGUUACAUUGUUUGUCGCCUUGUAUUAUAACGUGAUUAUAACGUGGGUGUUCUUUUACCUGUUUAACAGUUUCCGAUAUCCUUUGCCGUGGGCUUCCUGCCCCACUAACGGCACCGUUGAAGUGGAGGAAUGCGCACGUUCUUCAGAAACUGCCUACUUUUGGUAUCGAACUACAUUGGAUGCUGCUCCUUCUAUGGAUGAACCAGGUGGUCUUAAGUGGUGGAUUGUGCUGUGUUUGUUCCUUUCUUGGACAAUCGUAUUCUUUAUUGUUAUGAAAGGCAUUCAAAGUUCCGGUAGGGUGGUAUACUUCACAUCGCUUUUCCCCUACAUUGUAUUGACAAUUUUUUUCAUUCGCGGAAUCACGCUGAGAGGUGCUAGUGCUGGACUAAUGCAUAUGUAUACACCAAAAGUUGAGAAACUCGCCGAUCCGACUGUGUGGCUAGACGCUGCCACACAAGUUUUCUACUCAUUUGGUUUGGCUUUUGGAUCCCUAAUAGCAUUUGGAAGUUAUAAUACGCCCAAAAAUAACUGCGUUCGUGAUGUCCUUUUGGUGUCUGUUUGCAAUGCAAUCACCGCUAUAUAUGCCAGCGUCGUGAUCUUCGCCAUUCUGGGCUUCAAGGCCACGGUCAACGUAGACCGCUGCAUUGAACUCAAUAAAGAUAUCUUGGUCAAACAUACUCUUAUUCCUUUCAAAAACGUAACUAACGAUGAAUAUGAAGCUGCUAUGUCGAAAGUAAACGAAACUAUGUCUAUUAACCUAGAACUUGAAGAAUGCAGCCUCUCAAAACAACUUGAUAAUGCUGCGGAAGGUACUGGCCUUGCCUUCAUUGUAAUCACACAGGCGAUUGUUGAGUUACCUGGUGCACCAUUUUGGGCGGUUCUAUUUUUUACCAUGUUGCUCUCACUUGGCUUGGGCUCUCAAAUUGGCAUACUGGAAGGGAUGCUGUGUACCCUUUUUGACAUUGAUAUUAUAAAACGGGUUAAGAAACAGCAUGUGACUGGAGUGGUGUGCCUCUUCUGUUUCACUAUAGGUUUCAUAUUCUGUACAGGUGCUGGCGAAUAUUGGCUCAAGAUGUUCGACUCAUUUGCGGGAACCAUCGGUUUGGUUGUGGUCGCGUUGAUGGAGACUAUUGCUGUUGUAUACAUAUAUGGGCACGAAAGAUUUACCGAGGACAUAUAUCAGAUGACUGGAUACCGACCCGGCCUCUACUGGCAGUUGACCUGGCGUUAUAUUGGACCAGUGAUUAUGGUGGCCAUUUUAGUUUCAUCUGUGGUCUUUAUGGUGAUCAAGAACCCCACUUACGGAGCUUGGAAUGCACAACUUGGCGCAGUGCAACAAGCUAACUAUCCGUCUUGGGUGAUGGUUAUAGCUUUAGCUAUGAUUCUUGCUGGGGUAUUGCCAAUGCCCAUCGUUUUCUUGAUGCGAAGCUUCCAAUGCUUGAAAGUGGAUCUAGAUAUACACCAGGGCUCAAUCAGACGAAAUGAAACCACGGCAUCAACAAAAGAAAUGAUCGACAAUGAUGAUGAUGAGGAUGACGAAGAUGAUUACAGUGGUCUGGCUUUAGGAGGACCUGUGAGAACACGAAGUGACUUUUCGGAUGAAGAUGAUGAAGACGAUGAUCGGCCUGUAACAAUGCGAAGCUCCCAUCUCCGUUUGAAUCUUUCUAACGCUGCAGCGACUUCGUCGAAUCAUCUAAAUGUGCCAACUAGUAAACGCUCAUUCAAAGUGGAAGUGUUCGAUUUGUAAAAUACUUAUAAAAGUUUGGAUGUAAAUAGGAUUUAAGAAAUUGUAAUUUAUUUUUCUUUUAUUUCUGCUUCAUUAUUGCCGAUAUUAUUUUUCUUAAAUUUUUAGAAACAUUUACUCGCAAAGCCCUACCUGGGUAGUCUGCUGUGUAUACAUAAGUAGAAUAUGAACCAAAAAGCUUCGGUUGCUAGAAACUAUUUCAUUAUAUAAAAGUUACAUUCAUUAAGAAAUUAAUAUUAUUAGCAUAAAAAUUGCAUGCACACAUUUAUAUGCAAAUCGGGUCUAAAAUAUGCCACAAAAUAACUUAAUUUUACAUACAUA